CUUUCCAAGUAUUACAUCUUUCUUCCAUUUCCUCAGAGAAGAAAUGGCUUUCUCUCUCUUUGGCUUGGCCAUGACCUUCCUCUCUCUCUUAGCAGCUUCUUCUGCUCAACUCUCUGCAAACUUUUACUCUUCUUCAUGUCCCAAAGCACUCUCCACUAUUCAAACCGCAGUGCAAGCUGCCGUGAAGAAGGAAGCUCGCAUGGGGGCCUCCUUACUUCGUCUGCAUUUCCAUGACUGCUUUGUCAAUGGUUGUGAUGGGUCUAUAUUAUUGGAUGACAACUCCACCUUCACCGGAGAGAAAACUGCGGGGCCAAAUGCAAACUCAGUGAGAGGUUACGAUGUGGUCGACAACAUCAAAUCCAAUGUAGAAGCUGCAUGCCCCGGUGUGGUCUCCUGUGCAGACAUCCUAGCCGUCUCAGCACGUGACUCGGUUGUCGCUCUUGGUGGACCAACAUGGACGGUGCUAUUAGGGAGAAGAGAUUCAACAACUGCUAGUCUAAGUACUGCAAACUCCGAUAUCCCUGCACCUUCCUUAAGUCUGAGUGGUCUCAUCACAAGCUUCUCGAAUAAAGGGCUCAGUAGCAGCGAAAUGGUAGCUCUUUCAGGAUCACACACAAUUGGCCAAGCUCGGUGCACCACUUUUAGGACUCACAUCUACAACGAGACUAACAUAGACUCAACCUAUGCUACCUCAUUGAAAUCAAAUUGCCCCUUCAGUGGAGGUGACAAUAACCUCUCUCCACUUGAUGUAACAUCUCCAACUGUCUUUGACAAUGCCUACUACAAGAACUUGGUGAACAAAAAGGGGCUCCUCCACUCUGAUCAAGAACUCUUCAAUGGAGGCUCCACUGACUCUCAAGUCACUGGCUACACUUCCUCUUCUUCAACUUUCCCCACAGAUUUUGCCAAGGCAAUGGUGAAAAUGGGAAACAUUAGUCCUCUAACUGGCUCUAGUGGGCAAGUCAGGACGAACUGUAGGAAGGUCAACUAGGGUUUGGAACUUCAAAGUUGAGGAAGGAUGAGUUGGGUUUGUUUUUCUUUUGGUGUUGAAUGAUUGGAAUAAGACACAAUUGAGGCAAGAUAAAAGUACUUGUACUCAAGUUUUAUUUAUGAAAAAAGGACCAUUUGAAGUUUAUUCAAUAGCUGGUCCAGGUAUCAUGA